AAAUUGUAAGCAUUAUACUGAGACAGGGAAUCUGGUGGAUGAAUACAGAACGAACUCUUGUCGUACUGUGGGAGCUACGCUCUGGGAACUACGCAUAAAACUCAUGUUGCUAAUGCCUUCAAAAUACCGUGCGUAACUAAAGCUUCAAAAAAUCUGCACAAUUUUUACUACGCGAACAUUUUUUUUUUCGGUUUUCUUCACUUUAAAACAUGACGCUUGACGACGCACAAGUUGCAAUCAAGGCCAGCCAAGUUAAUAAAGAGGCAUCUGGAGUUGGAUCAAAUAGGAGGAUAUCCAUGUGCGUAGGAUGUGGGGGGCAGAUUUAUGACCAGUAUAUAUUGCGCGUUGCCCCUGAUCUAGAGUGGCACGGCCGCUGUUUGAAGUGUGCCGACUGCGAUACCUACCUGGACGAGACUUGUACCUGUUUUGUUCGAGACGGAAAACCAUAUUGUAAAAAAGACUACCUCAGGUUAUUUGGUACGAAGUGUGCGAAGUGUCAUCUCGGAUUCAGUAAAAAUGACUUUGUUAUGCGAGCCCGAAAUAAGAUUUACCAUAUAGACUGUUUUCGUUGUGUUGCAUGCACGCGUCAACUAAUUCCCGGUGACGAGUUUGCACUUCGGGAAGACGGUUUGUUUUGUAAAGAGGAUCACGAUGUUCUGGAGAAAGCUGUAAUUGACAAUAAUACCAUGAUCAACAGCCCAACAAAUAACAAUCAGAAUUGUGUUAAUUCUACGCAUACCAAUAGUACUCAAAAUCGUUCGUCCGGACGAAGCCACAAAUCAGAUGGCAAAACUACAAGGGUCCGAACGGUUCUCAACGAAAAACAACUCCAUACCCUUAGGACGUGUUAUGCGGCCAACCCACGACCAGACGCGCUCAUGAAGGAACAGUUAGUAGAGAUGACAGCAUUGAGUCCACGCGUAAUUCGUGUCUGGUUUCAGAAUAAAAGAUGCAAAGACAAAAAACGCACAAUUUUGGUUCAAAAUUUACAAGACCAACAAAACAAACAGGACGCAAAUAGGAGGAUGCAAAACUUUAACGGCGUACCAAUGGUAGCAUCGAGUCCCGUGCGGCACGACACACAGCUUCAAGGCAACCAGGUCGAAGUUCAAAGCUACCAGCCACCAUGGAAGGCACUUACAGAUUUUACAAUGAAUAACGAUCUGGAUCACCAACCCCCUUUCCAACAAUUGGUGAAUUUUUCGGAGAACAAUAUGAAAGGAGAGGGAAGCGAAGGUCCUCUAAGUUUACCACCAACACCUGACUCAACUGACAGACUAACUCACGGGGGAAGCCAACUGGACCAGUUGUCAGUUGGAAGCGACUAAUAUCUUCUGCCAGAAACAUGGCCAUGUGAUUCCAUAUCUGCUAUAAACCGAACAGUUUGAUUACGCUGAACAAAUUUUGCAAAACAAAUUUAUAAUUCGAAGAGAAAAAUACGGUACAUUUUUAUGCGAUUUUCUGUGUUUCUGUUGUAUGUGGAUUAUAUGAUUAGAAGAUUUUUGCGACAUUCGUGAUCACGUGAGAUCAUGCGUGAACCAGUUUUUUCUCGCCAAGUUUGCAAGGUGAAUAUUGAAUACGAUUAUACAGUGGCAGCAAUUGAUCAUGCGCAAUGUACUUAGUGACUAAAGUGGUUUUUUUUUCGCCUUGGAUAUUGAACUUUCCAAUUUGGUGCUCGUGUUUUGGGAAAGGUAGACGUACAAAUACGAUUGUAAACAUCGAUGUAAGAGCGACAAGAAUGAGUUCAUCAGUCAACGGUGAAGAUUACGUCUAAAUGAUGUGCGAACUGUAGGCCCAACUACAUACCGUAGGACUAGACUACCAACAAAAUUGUGAUACACUCCGGAAUGAAGUUAUAACCAAUGAUCCACAACCGGGGGAAACGCGACAUUGUAUUCGGUACACCAACGCAAUACAUCUUCAGCAUUAAUACAGUGUAAUUUUUUUUUUUUUUGUAAAUGUUAUUACUCGUGGUGUGUAAUUCAUAUUAAUUCGGUGUGUGUAUUACAUUACUUCUAUGUAGACCUGGUUAUAAUAAUGCCUAUCAUAUAUAUUUGAUAUAUACAUAUAUAAUUGUAUAUACAUCCAACUUGCAUGUAUAUAUAGCCUAAAUUAAUAAAAUAUUCAUUAUUAUAUAUAUAUAUAAAUUUGUAUAGUGUAUAUACACAUAUGUAUAGUAUAUAUAUAUACUAUACAAAGAUAUAAAUAUAGGCAAAUAUAUAUACAUAACCUGUAUAUAUAUAUAUAUACUGUAUAUAUAAAUUCCUAUAUAUGUAUAUAUGAAUAUAUAUGAAAAUGACAUAGCUAUUAUUUCUUGCGAGCAUACUCAAUUGAGUUCUGUUUCAAAUACAAUGUUAUCAUCUGGCCUAUUGUAUUAAUAAGGCCUUGCAAACAUUGGUCGAAGGACCUGUAGGCCACAUUUCGCAUUAGUAUGGUAUCUCUUUUGUUCUCUAAAUCCUCCUUUGGUGCAAUUUGUGUGAUAUUUUAGGUAGAAUACGUCAAGGAAAGUAUACCGAAACUUUGAGGGGACUGUUAUCAUAUUCGCUCGAUUCAUCAUUACACUCUUAGUUGUUUUGCUUGCGAAAUUCAGCUAUGAUCUGAAGCGUUGGGACAUAAGGCAACAUGGCUUAUUUGAAUACAAGAGGAUUUUAAAUUUCAUCUGUGGCCAUUGAAAAAAAAAACUAUAUAAAUUAUUGUAAAUUACAAUAACAAAUCUGAAAGUUGUAUAAGUUGUUUUAUUUUCCAUUUUAAUUACUUUACGUAUUGAUAAAACGUGGGCAUGAUCAAAUGACCGUGAUCAUUGUAUUAAUUACGUUAUUUAUGCCCAAUAUGAACUUAUUGUUUGUAAAAACAUGGUCAGAUUUUUAAACAUGACGAACAAAUUCAUGGAUUCUCGUAUUUCGAGAAAUGCAAUAUUUAGUUUAGUUAAAUAUUUAAGCUCUCAAAGUUGUUACUAUGUUUGUGUAUACAAUGUUAUGUGUAUCAGCCCACCAUAUUGUGAAAAUUGUAAAUAUAUUCUUUAAGAAUGUUUCACGCAGGCGGUGUUGAAGAUCGAAACAUACGAAUAGGCUACAAUCAUGAAACCGGGCCUAAACUAGGCCGAUAUAGAAACCUUAAAAUUCUUCACGGCUAGGUUAUGUUCGUGGAGAUGUAUUACUAUUACCUUAUUUCGAUGAUUUGUGCAAUGUAUUAAUUCAAAGUUUCAAGAAAAUAUUCACGGAGUCUAAAGAUUUCGAAAAUGUACUUUAGAUAGGUUUCCACAAGUAUCCCCUUUACGGGACAUAUUGGGAUUUUAUGCCAGCAUAAUAGUAAUGAUUCAUUCGAUGAUUUGCAAUUUAUUUUACUAAUGGAAGAGAUUCUUUAGUUAAGGAGAUAUCAUAGUCCAAUCUAUUGGUACGUUAUAAUACCCGCAAUCUUAGUCUUGGACUGGCAGUCUCGUCUACAAGGGCAUUAGGGAUCUUACUGUUACGUACCUAUAAAACUCUACAGUGUUCACACCAAGUGUUUUUUAAUAUGGUGCGAAUCAACCUCUGAUCUUUAAAAAUAUAGAUUUAAAUUUUAAAAAAAAUACAAAAUGUAUCUAUAUAGUCUUUGUUUUUUGUGAAAUGAUUUUCAAAAGCAGACAAUAGUUUACAAUUUUAAAAAGAUGUUAAAAUGUUAACAUUUGAAUGUAUACAAUUUUGGUAAUACCCAAAUACCACCUAUUUAUUAUUGAGAAAUACCUAAAAAGAUGUUUCGAACGGUUAAGUUCUUGGUCGAAUCGAGGAGAAUAUAAAAGAUAAAAUUAUAA